AUGUAUGCCACAGAGUGAAGAGGAAGUUCAAAGGUGCUGUAAUGAAUCGGAGUGUAGAUUAUUGAUGAUGAUAAACAUGUAUGAAUAUUUUAUGGAAAAACUAAGGAAGGGCAUGAGAAAAGGCUUAACUUAAAAAAAGACAAUAUUGGAGCGGUAGAAAUGGAAAUAGAAAUAAAAAGUAAAACGAAUAAAAUAAAAUAAAAUAGGGAGUGGAAAAAGUUUACAACUGUUACUGAAAGCAAGAGAAAAGCACGGAUGAUGGGGAAAAUUAAAGGACCAGCACAUGUAUUAUAUAAUACAUAAAGAGGAAAGGUAGAAAUAAUAAAGAGAUGAAGAUAGGAAAAGCACCACAACCUUCUGAGACAGUAUUCGAUGGAUAUUUUGAGAGGAGUUGCAGAUACAAAUUAUUGUUUGCUGAUGCCUUUGUGUUUAUGGCAAGAAGAAACAAUUAAAUACAAAGAACAAAUCUAUAACAAGACGGUGGCAAAUGCUAGUUUUGAUUCGGUCAUCACAAUAAUUUCAUCAGACAGGUGUUGCAAAACGGUGUUGUCUGUGGGAACAGUGACUAUUGUUGUUUUGCAGUGUUGUCGGUGAUUGUGAUAGCUUUGAUAGCAACGUGAUGUAAAUAAAAAGAGGAAGAAGAGAUCACGUUUCCAAAAUUGUUUGGUGAUGGAAUCCCAAGAUCUGAGCACAGGUUCUCCUACCAGAACCUUGGCUUUCAUCACAUCCACACAAAAUCUAGAAAUAAUUGUGUCAUACCGGGACCAUGAUCAUUUCUACUACCGGGAUGCAUUUUAUGUGUCAAACUAUGUGGUCACUCAGUAUAAAGUGCGAGAGGGUAAAUCUUCCAGUAUUGGUCAUUAUUUACCCGUAGUGGUUCCUGAAGGUUGGAAUAUGCUGAGGUUACUAGUCCAUGACACAAAACUCAAUUUAGAAUGGAUGACAGAGAAUGAUGAAAGAACCCUCCUCACCUUGCCCCUGGACUUCAUGGCCCAUAUAGUCUCUCUCAAAGGAUUUUUUUCAGUCUGUUCUGGAGCUUCACCUGAAUGGCACGUGGGUGUUGAUCAACGAGUGACUGUUCUGCUCCAUCCACUGAUAAGUGAACAGCAGCUGUAUGUGAUGGGGGAAUACAACACAAGAACCUAUCUGAUGAACCUCUAUAAGCCUCUUGCUGUACCAUCUAACACUACACUCACCAUAAAGUCUCAACAGAAAGGCUCAGCUUCUUACAUUCACAUCGAACAGGAAGAGAGAGAACCGGUGCAAAUGAUGCAACCGUUCAGGCCGGUGAUGGUUGUGGAAAGUGAUGGAGGCAGCACCAUCCUCCGUCUGACCGUUCCUAACACUCGGGAAAAGGAAGACAAUUUAUGUAGCCCAGGCACCAAGGAACCUCCAAUCUUCACCACUACCAUCAUUAUUAUUUCUCUAUUCAUAAGUACUACAUUGAUGAGUUUCCUUGCAGUACUUUUAGGAUAUUUACUAUGGAAACAGAAAAGGAAUAAACAUCACAAAAGAGAUGAUAGUGAAAAUCAAGUGUGUAGGAAUCAUGAUGUCAGCCAUAACAGGAAACAUGACUCAAACACAAAACAAUUGACAGCUGGGCAUCAGACAGAAAACAUCUACUCUCCCUCACCUUGUAAUACAGAAAUGAGGUCACCACUACUGCAAGAAAAAGUCUGUCAGCGAGAUGGGGGCGGGUACAACGCACGGCGUGUGCAUACAGAGCGUGGGUGGCAGCAUCAGGCAGGCACGUCUGGCCUGCGCCUCAGGAAGUGGAAGAAGAUAGGAUCAUUGGACUCUGGACUGGUUUGCUUCAUGCCAGAAUGGAAGAUGAGGAACUCCGGGGAUUGGUUUGUGUCGCCAGAAGAAAAGGUAGAGGAACUCUGGGGACUGGGUUGUAUUAUGCCAGAAGGAAAGGAAGAGGAGAGGAACUCUGGAGACUGGUUUGUCAUUCCAGAAGGAAAGGGAGAGGAACUCUGGGGACUGGUUUUCAUCAUGCCAAAAGAAGAGGGUGAGAAACUCUAUAGUCUAGUUUGCAUCAUGGCAGAAGACGGAGAGGCAGAGGAAGAGAAGUUAUUUCUGGGGGCGAGGCCAGGCCAAAUUGACCUGGGCCGCAGACACUGAUCCUGCAGCUUAAUUAACGCCUUACCGUCUUAAUAUCCCAUGCGGGUUAUAAAAAUUAGGUAGUUUUUAAUGACUCAACAUGUUUAAGCUUGUAUGAAAUUGACGAUUUGGCAUCUCAUUAGUUUGCCCUCUUCCCUCAUCAACCAGCCAAUCCCAAAGCUGAUAGCCUGAUACCAUCCACACAGCCAAAGCUACGCGUCUUGAAAGGAGCGUCUGUGACUUCAGUACCUACAUUUAUAAGGAUAGGGGUCUAAUUUCUCUAAAACAUCAAUGCAAUCAGUUUAUAUAUAUAUAUAUAUAUAUAUAUAUAUAUAUAUAUAUAUAUAUAUAUAUAUAUAUAUAUAUAUAUAUAUAUAUCACUGGACGCUCCCAUUAAUGACUAUGAACACUCAUAUGGGUUCAGCGUCCAGCAGAGGGUUUGGUAAGGUGCUUGAGAAUCCUGUAAAUUCCACUGAUGAGGUGAUAGUCGCCUACAUGGGGACUAUGGUUGCUAACCUUCUCUGGUAUAUGUAGCCAAGAAGCUUGAUGAGUGUGGUUACAAGGUCUAAUGCUGUAAGUAUAAUUCUCAUGCUCGAGAAAUAGGAAUAGAAACAAUAAUACACUGUAAAUAAUAAAUAAUUAUGAAAAUAAAACAUAAUAUUGGUAACAACAACGACGACGACGACGACGACGACGACGAUAAUGUUUAGUUUAGCAGCGAAAUUGGGCACACCACACUUACUCUGUAUGUUUACCUUAUUAUAGUGUUCUCACUAUACUAUAUGUCUGAAACUUUUAAUCUGCGGAAGUUUAAUGUUCACCCAGAACAGUGCUCUGAAAUUUGAACAAACUCGCAAAAAAGAAAAAAAAUAAGUAAAAUAAAUAAAUAAAAAAAUAUAAACAAUCUAACUUCAGAUUCUGCCAGUUUCUCUCGGGUUGAGCCUUGUAACAGCUUUGUACUAGUACGAAUGACGUAGGUAUGCGCCUAAUUAAAGAUAGUGCAAGCACUAUACUAAAUACCAUU